AUGGACACACACAACCGCACGGCAGUGACUGAAUUUACCCUGACCGCCUUCCCGGCUCUCCACAGGCUCCAGGUCUCCCUCUUCGUGGUCCUCCUGCUCACGUACACGCUCACGCUAACAGGAAAUACGGUCAUCAUUUCCCUCAUAUGGGCUGAUAACCGCCUCCAAACCCCAAUGUACUUCUUCCUCAGUAACUUGUCAUUUUUGGACAUUUUAUACACAACCUCAGUCACCCCAAAGCUGUUGACUUGUCUCCUAGAGGACCAGAAGACCAUAUCUUUUGCUGGUUGUGUGACGCAAACAUACUUCUUCUUUUUCCUGGGGACAGUGGAGUUCAUUCUCUUAGCAGUGAUGUCCUAUGACCGAUACGUGGCCAUCUGUAACCCCCUGCGCUACACCAUCAUCAUGAACAGCAGGGUCUGUCUCCUGAUGGUUCUGGGAUGCUGGGUGGGGGCCUUCCUGUCAGUGCUCUGCCCAACAAUUGUGGUGGCCAGAUUGCCUUUCUGUUCCAAGGAAAUUAGUCACUUCUUCUGUGACAUCGCUCCUCUGCUCCAGGUGGCCUGCAUCGACACUCAUUUCAUAGAGAUGGUAAACUUCCUCUUAUCCUCCCUAGUUCUCCUGACCUCUCUGCUGCUCACCACUGUGUCCUACACCUACAUCAUCUCCACCAUCCUGCGCAUCCCGUCAGCCCAGGGACGUCAGAAGGCCUUCUCCACCUGUGCUUCUCACAUCACUGUUGUCUCCAUCGCCUAUGGGAGCAAUAUCUUCAUGUAUGUGAGGCCCAGCCAGAGCAAGUCACUGGAUUUUGACAAAGUGACAGCUGUCCUUACCACAAUGGUGACCCCUCUUCUGAACCCCUUCAUUUAUAGUCUGAGGAAUGAAAAAGUAAAGGAAGUUUUGAGAGAAGCAGUCAACAAAAUCAUGUUCUUACUGCACAGGAAAACUUGA